UUUUCGGCCUCGCGCCUCCAUUUUGUACCGACUCGGUGAUUUCCGGGAUUUCGCAGAACUGGGUUCGCUAAAGCCCAGAGGUCCACCGCUGGAAGAGUAUCGCCCUCAAACACUGGGCAGCGAUGUUAACAGCAACAGGACAUCCGGUUUUGUGAAUCUUUGCCUUUCGUGCUGUCGUUUUACGCUGUGAACUGCUGGGAAUAAGUUUACAGAGUUGCAAUAACCAGCUGUCAGUAUGACAGCGGACCAGUGUAAGCUUUCUUACUGACUAGUUACUUAGUUACCGGUUUUUUCGGUGGUUAGUCAGACUGCGGAUCAUCGGCGAAAGAGCAGCAGGUUACUGUCUAACAUUAAUGUUGUUUGGGACAGGAUCUCACAUCGACCGACAGAGUUUUUGUGAGAACCUCAGACCGAGCGCUGAAGAUUGAGGUGACUGUCGACGUCUUCAGUAUUUUCCAAGAUGCCUAUUCCUCCACCUCCCCCUCCGCCUGGACCUCCACCACCCCCCACCUUUAGCCAGGCAAACACCACACCUCCAAAAUUAAAUCGAGAUGAAGCUAAAGGAAGAGGAGCUCUGCUGUCAGACAUCUGCAAAGGCACCAAGCUGAAGAAGACCACUGGGGUCAGUGACAGAAGUGCACCUGUCCUUGAAAAGGCUGGAGGUCGAGGUGGCAGUGGAGGAGGUGGAGGUGGAGGUGGAGGUGGAGGUGGAGGUGGAGGUGGAGGUGGAUUUGGAGGUGGUUCUGGGCCAAAGGCCAUGGGAGGACUGUUCAGUGGAGGAGUGCCUAAACUACGACCAGUCGGAGACAGCUCUGUAGGACGGUCAGCGCUGAGGCCGCCCGGCUCUCGCCCGGCAGUCCCUCGUGCCUCGAGUCAUUCUGAACCGGACAGCUCCGGUCGUGGUGAUGGAGGCCGCUCCUCUCCUCCAGAACAGCCACGAAAUCAUCGUCCCUCCGUGCCGGACAUCUCCAAAUCCUCAAAACCCACCAGCUCCGCUCCUCCUCCGCCUCCUCCGUUCAAUCGCGGUGGCAACCGCGGGCCUUCCUCCGCCCAACAGGGUUCUGGGGCACACAGUCGUGAGAAACCCCUUCCACCACCGCCUGCAAGCAAGGGUCCUCCACCGCCGCCAUCUUCAGCUCGGGAUGGGCAUCCUAGACACCCUCCUCUUUCAUCUCGCUCCUCUUCAUCCUCCUCCACUUCCUCAAACGCUCCUCCACCUCCUCCUCCUUAUCGCCAGCCGACCACUGCUGCAAACGGUGACCCGGCCCCCGAGUUGCCACAGAGACGAAACUCGUUGAACAAGAGAAGCCAUGGCAAUGCCAACGUCCGUAGCCAAGCUCCUCCUCCACCAUCUGCCCAGCUAAACAGACGACCCCCGCCACCAUCACGAGAUCCAGUGGUGCGAAGCUCAGCUCCUCAGGUUCCUCCUCCUACGAAUCGUAACGGGGUUCGGGAAACACCACCCCCUCCACCUCCUUAUCGUGGCGGGCCACAGACGUCUUCUGAACCCCACAGUCGAGGGAAGCCUCCUCCUCUGUCCUCUGCUGGACGUCAGCAUUCAGGACAUGCACCUCCUCCUCCUCCACCUCUCCGCAAUGGACAUACGUCAUCUGCCUCCAGGUCUUUUGUUGAUGAUUUUGAGUCCAAGUACGACUUCCACCCUAUAGAGGACCUUCCUCCGCCUGAAGAAUACAGACCCUUCCCGAAGAUCUACCCCAGCCAAAGCAACAAGGGUUUAGUGAGAGGUGCUCCUCCACUGCCUCCUGUUGGAGGGAAGUGAACACUGUUCAGCGAAGAGAAGGACCAAGAAGAAAUGACACAAACGCAUAAAUAUGUAGUAUACAUUAAUUGUACCUACAAAUACAUUGAAUAACGUGACAUCUUUCAUAGGACAACACUAUAAACACCUACAUGAUCUCUGAUCCAAACCACUCCAGAAUGCUGUACCUCUAGACCCGAAAACACUGUGCAAUAUUCCCGCGCUGCCUAGAAAUGCACCUUUUAAUAUCGUGUCAGAUGACAGCGGCACAGCGGACAACUCCAGGUCACACGAAGCUAGAUGUGUACAUUCCACCCGUUUUUCACAAAAACCAAAGUUUUUUUAUUCAUUGCGAAAAUGUGUAGCACUUGUGUCAAUGACUAUGCAUAUCAGACACGAAGUCUGUAUUUCUCUGGACAAUCAUGCAAUUGUAUGUAUUUUUACUCUUAAUUCUUUCCAAAUCGGUCAGGAAUGAGUUAAAAAGUGUUCGCUUACACUACAAAGGCCGCGAAACGGCCUCGUUUCUUGUUCAUUCCACAGUUUUGUUUUCCUCGACACACUACAGAGUCAAAAACUACAAUAGCCCAUACGGUCACGUGGAGCUGAUUUGAAAAAUAAAUUAAAUAAAUCAGUUCUGUGUUGAAUUGAAACUAUGUUUUUACUGACCAAAUAUACACUAAGUGCCAUCGAAGACUUGGUCUUGUUGGAGAUUUUUUUUUUUGUUAGUUUUUUUUGAAACAGUAUACGGAUGGUGCCAUCUUCUGGCUCAUCUGCACCCUUUCUCCUGCAGGGUACCAAUGUUUCUGGGUCAUUUACGCAUUGCUUUUCAUCAUUAGUGUUUUAAACCUAAACUGAAUUUCAGGAAAUACAAUUUUAGUCGAUUUUGUACAAAACACUAAUGGGCAUAUUUUAAUUCUGUGACAUUGUGUUAUAUGUUAUAAAGUGACCAAGUAUGUUAAGAAUGUUCAGGCACUUCUGGCCAUUAAUAUAGAAGCUAUUAAUUGGGAUUUGGUGACCAAUCAGUCUGACUUGUAAAUGUCAAUUUAUCCGUUUCUGAAUGUGUUAAAAUAUGUGUCGGUAUAACUCCAAUAAAAAAGAUGGGAAUGGGA